AUGCGCGUCGGUUCAACCGUCCGAAGUCGUACCAAAGCACGUGUCGUUCGUCGACUCAUUCUGCUCCCGGUGGCUCUUGUCGCCGUCAUGGGAGCGGCUCAUUUGAUGAGGGAACGGAGGAGUAUUGAUGGGGAGCCGGGGAUGAUGUCAGGCACACCAGCGAAUGUGUCACAACCGUUUUGGAAGGCGUUCAUGCCAACUUGUAACAGAUCUCUUGCUCCACCUGCUCCAGAAGUUAACGACGAUGGACAGUUUCCACCGGAUCCAUUUUCAUUGAAACAGAGGCAGAAUGGUUUUGUCGUUCUCCACAUGUGCGGUCUCAUCUACAUGUUCGUUUCCCUUGCGAUCGUCUGCGAUGAAUUCUUCGUCCCAUCUCUCGAUGUACUCACUGAAAAGCUCCAGUUAUCUGAUGACGUGGCAGGUGCCACAUUCAUGGCCGCCGGAGGCUCGGCUCCAGAAUUCUUCACGUCGGUUAUCGGAGUGUUCAUCGCUCAAAAUAAUGUUGGAAUUGGAACGAUUGUUGGAUCCGCCACAUUCAACAUUCUCUGCGUCCUUGCUUUCUGUACACUCUUCUCUAAAACUAUACUUGACUUGACAUGGUGGCCUUUGUUCAGAGAUGUUUCCAUUUAUAUGCUGGCUCUGGCAAUGUUGGUGUUCUUCUUCAUGGAUGAAAUGAUCACAUUCCCUGAAGCAUUUGCCAUGUUCACUAUCUACAUCCUUUACUGCACUAUAAUGAAAUUCAAUGUUCAACUCGAAGCGAUCGUCAAAGGAGGCUCCGAUUCAGAAGAGGCGUCGGCUCAUGAGACACAAAAACUGGCAGCUGACGUUGCACACAACAAUAAUAAUAAUGAUGUGGCCGCACUUGAAGGGAAUGAUCUCCGUCGUCGCUCAUCUGCACGUCGUCAAUCCGUACCGAUUCUUCAUUCUGGAACAAUGUUCCGUAAUGGAAUAAUGCAAUUGAUGAAUCAUACGUUGGAACAACUUCCAGAAGAUUCAGAAGAAGACGACAGCUCGAGAAGUCGAAGUAAUGUGAACGUCGAGUCUCAUGACAUGCAUCGUCUCAACGUCAAUCAAAGUAUUCCGGAUCGACGUUCGUCACAGAUUGAGGAGAUUAAGUCCCUUUUGGAAGAGGAAGAAGAAAAACCACUUGAUAUGACUUGGCCAGAGACCUGGACGAAACGAUUGACCUAUGUGUUGCUGGCCCCCGUCGUCGUCCCAAUGUGGGUCACCAUUCCAGAUGUCCGCAGAUCUCACAACCGCCAGUGGUACCCUGCUACAUUCAUCAUCUCAAUCUUGUGGAUUGCCUUCUUCUCGUACUUGAUGGUUUGGUGGGCGAACACUAUUGGAGAGACGUUUGUGAUUCCGACGGAAAUUAUUGGUUUAACUAUUUUGGCUGCUGGAACGAGUAUCCCGGAUUUGAUUACUAGCGUAAUCGUUGCCCGAAAAGGACUUGGCGACAUGGCAGUCUCCAGUUCAGUCGGAUCCAACAUCUUCGAUGUCUGCGUCGGUCUUCCAGUCCCGUGGCUUCUCUACUUCCUGAUGGAAUACAUCAAGAACCCAUCCGAACCUCUCUCCCCAAUCUCUGUCAGCUCUAAAGGUCUUCUCUGUUCCGUCGGAAUGCUCUUCAUCAUGCUCAUCGUAUUAGUCUUUGCGAUUUUCUUAUCUGGAUGGAAGAUGAAUAAGAUAUUCGGCUGCCUGAUGAUCGUCUCUUACAUCUUCUUCUGCGUGUUUUCAGUCGGUCUAGAAACUGAUAAACUCGUUUGCCCGUUGAAUAUUUGCGGAUAG